AUGGCCGACACGGAGGAUGCCGGAGCAGCGCCCGUCUCCGAGCCCUUAGAUCUGGUGCGCCUGUCGCUCGAUGAAAUUGUCUUUGUGAAGCUCCGCGGUGAUCGCGAGCUCAAGGGUCGUCUCCAUGCAUACGAUAGCCACUGCAACCUGGUGUUAGGGGAUGUGGAGGAGACCAUCUACGUGGUGGAGGACGACGAAAACGAGCAAGAAACGCUUCGGACCAUCAAGAAGCAAGAGGAGAUGCUGUUUGUCCGAGGUGCGUUUUGCGAUGACUUCCCCGGUAGAGCCGCGGGGCUCGCGAUGCUACAGGGUUGUCCGAAACACUCGUUAGAAGAGCGACGCAGAGGGGAGAUUGCCCUCAGCGAGUUCGCAGAAUACGCUGAAAAGCAACAGGCCCAGCGCUCUGGUCAGUACGUGCCCAGCGAUAGCGGCUACGAAACAGCAAGUGUAUCUCGAGUCCAUGAGGACCACGCUGAGUUGGAUAUACUCGACCAGUUGGGGUUGACCGACGCCCCAAAGUCAUUCAAGUUGAAGGACUUGCUGCUAGGCACUGGCGAACAAUCGGAGGAUAACCUGCAGGUGUUGGCUAGCAUCUUGCAGUCUCGCAUCGAUGAAGGACACGGAGAGACACUCUUCGACCUGGGCCUCGAGGAUGGCGGGGAGUCUAUGUCCUUUGACCUUGGUCAGUGGAAUACGGCUCUUCAACGCCUCCGGGAAGCGGCGGAUACGCUCCCAGCGCACUGCCGGAUCCUUGUUACCUACAAUGUCGGUGGGCCUGAGGAGUCGCGGGUGAAACACGAGCGCAUCAAGGGCUCUUGGGGAAAGCUCCUUAUCCGGCAGCCCGCGGGUACUGUGGAGGAAAUGGCCGAGAUCCGAGUGGCUGUCGUAGGCAAUGUUGAUGCAGGUAAGAGUACCAUGCUAGGAGUCCUCGUGAAGGGAAAUCUGGAUGAUGGCCGAGGAAAGGCCCGAAUCAACCUGUUCCGCCACAAGCAUGAAAUCGAGAGCGGCCGGACCAGCUCUGUAGGGAUGGAGAUCAUGGGGUUCGACAGCCGCGGUGAUAUAGUUGGCAGUGCCCAGGGGCGGAAGCUGUCCUGGGAAGAUAUAGGACGGCGUUCUGCUAAGGUCAUUGCUUUUUCCGAUCUGGCUGGCCACGAGCGUUACCUUCGGACUACGGUUUUUGGCAUGCUGAGCAGCAGCCCCAACUACUGCCUGCUGAUGGUUGCGGCCAACAAUGGCCUCAUUGGUAUGAGCAAAGAACAUUUGGGUAUUGCAUUGGCUUUGAACGUGCCGGUCAUGGUUAUCGUCACCAAGAUCGACAUCUGCCCGCCUCAGAUUCUGCAGGAGACCCUUUCCCAGCUCAACAAAAUCCUCAAGUCGCCCGGUGCUCGCAAGAUUCCCAUCUUUGUGAAAGACAUGGAAGAAACCAUCAACACCGCGACACAGUUUGUGAGCCAGCGGAUCUGUCCAAUCUUCCAAGUGUCCAACGUGACCGGAGAAAAUCUGGAGCUCGUUCGGACCUUCCUAAAUAUCCUUCCUCACCGUGGCCAAUACAAUGUUGACGCGCCGUUCGAGUUCUUGAUCAAUGACACGUUCUCGGUUCCUCACGUGGGCACGGUAGUUGCUGGGGUGGCCAAGUCAGGAGUGAUACACGCCGGCGAUACAGUCUUGGUUGGACCGGACUCCCUGGGUCAAUUUACGACUACCACGAUCAAGUCCAUUGAGCGCAAGCGAAUCCAGGUCAAUGCUUGCUUUGCGGGCCAGUCUGGCUCAUUCGCUCUGAAGCGUGUCCGACGAAAGGAGGUCCGCAAGGGUAUGGUUGUUCUCAAGAAAUUGGACCAGCCUCCCAAAGUCUACAGAGAGUUUGUCGCCGAGGUCCUCAUUCUUUCCCAUGCCACCACGAUCAAGCCUCGGUACCAAGCAAUGUUGCACGUAGGCGCGGUCAGCCAGACAUGCUCUGUCAUUGACAUUGAUCGCCCCUUUAUUCGGACGGGUGACCGUGCAAUGGUGGCUUUCCGGUUUGUCCAACGUCCCGAAUUUCUGGCCCCGGGAGAUCGAGUGCUUUUCCGUGAAGGAAAGACCAAGGGGCUGGGCAUUGUCAAGAGUGUUGGAUAUGAUCCUAAACAGCCUUUGCACCCCGAGGCGAAGAAUGCAGCGGAAACGAGCAAACAGGCGUGA